AGAGUGAGAGGCCAGUACAGAGGUGAAGAUAGAAAUAGAGAUCAAGAGAGAGACAGAAGCCAGUACAGAGAUGGAGGCAGAGAUAGAGAGAGAGACAGAAAUAGGAGCAGAGAGAGAGAAGGGUUUAGAAGUGGGGACGGCGACAGAAAUAGGUUUGGCAAUAGGGACAGAUACAGAGAUGUAAGUCAAGAAAGAGACAGAUACAGAGAUAUGAGCAGAGGGAGAGAUAGAUAUAGAGGUGCAAGCAGAGACAAAGAUAGAUUUGGGGGAUUAAGCAGAGCUAGAGACAUAUACAAAGGUGGAAGUGGAAGUAGGGAUGGAGUCAGAUAUAGAGAUAGAGGUGGAAGCAGAGAUCGAGACAGAUACAGAAAUAGAAGUGGAAGCAGGGAUGGAGUCAGAUACAGAGAUAGAAGUGGAAGCAGAGAUCGAGAAAAAUACAGAAACAGAAGUAGAAGCAGAGAUAGAGACAGAUACAGAAACAGAAGUGGAAGCAGAGAUCAAGACAGAUACAGAAACAGAAGUGGAAGCAGAGAUCGAGACAGAUACAGAAACAGAAGUGGAAGUAGAGAUCGAGACAAAAACAGUACAGGCAGAACUAGAGAUAAAGAUAAAAAUAUGAACAGAAACUGGAACUCCCCAUUUCCUCCAUAUGACCAGGCAGGAUACAAUGAUGGCUGUAAUUAUCAAGAUCAAACACAGAGGAGUGAUGAUUUCCCUCAUAGAAGCAGCAGUCCAGUGCAUCAGCAUAAUGCCAGUUUAUAUUCAAGAAGAGAAGAGUCAAUAUGCCAGGCAACAGAGAACUCAAUUUACCAAAAGACAGAGAGUCCAUACCAUGGAGGAGGGAAUUUAUAUCAGGAAAGGGAAAGGCUCAGUAGCAUUCAGGGUCUUCUUCAAGGUCAGUUUCAGAGACAAGGUACAGCUUGCCAAAUGGAUUUCCUCUAUACAAAGCCUCAGACUUCAAAGGAAGGUGUUCUUCAAGGUGCAGUUGGAAACUGGUUGACACAUCUGGCAUCAUGCACUAUGAAGAGUAAGGAAGAUGUUGAUAUGGGUUUAAAGAUCAUAAGCCUGUUCUUGAAACCGCUGAAGGAAUACAGUUGCAGACUGCAGGAUGCAUCAUCCUCUGAUCUGAUUGCUGCAACAGAAGUUAAUUUGCGAUCCCUAAGAGAAUAUAAUCUCUCCAAAAGCCAGACUCUGCCCAACAAGCAAUCAAUAAUGGAUUUUCUGUUGAAAAAUAGUGCACAAUCGACCUUAAGGAAAACACAAAAUGAACAGCAGCGUUAUGAUUACUAAUAUUUUUUAGAGAACAGUAAGAUGCAGGUGUUUCAUGAACAAUAUGCAUUCAUUCUUUAGCUUUAUUAAAAUUUAUAUACUAUUAACACAAACUUUUAUAUUUGUUUUCCAAUUGAAGUUAGUUGUUCCUUUAGAUUUACCAAAAUUCAUGUUAAGGAACUUAACUUUUGUAUGUAAUUAAACUUUCAGUUUUGAUAUACCACUGCGGAUGGGAACAUUAUAUGACCCAUAUUUUUACAUUAAUUUUUGUGUACCUAGAUUUUUGAGAAUUUGAUUUUUUUUUUUUUUUUUUUUUCACUCUAUGUAAGAUUGCAAGAUAUACUUUACAAAUAGAAUGUUAAAUGGAAAAAUGAAUACUCUACCUGUUCUACAAUGGUAGAAAAACCCACAAUGCACAAACUACAUUUAUUAAAAUCGAGACAAUAGUUAUGAAGUCCUCCUGGAUUCCAUCUGGGAGUCUAGUUUGUGCAUUGUGGGUUUUCUACCAAAUAGAACAGGGCUGUCAAAUUCAUUUACCCCAGGGGGCCACAUUUCACCCUAGUGAAACAGCAAUAUGGUUAAUAUAAACACAGGAGGCUAUUUCAUUACAAAAACACAAUAAUGGGAAAAAAUGUAAGAGUGUAAGUAAUAAACUUAAAAGACAAAGGACUUGCUUAAUUAAUAAUGUAAAGCAGCUAAAUGUAAGACUGAAAUAGUAAAUGUGCUGCAGGCCACAUGUUUUACACCCCUGAAAUAGAAUGUUGUACAGAUAUUUGAUGUACUAGUUAUAAAAUUUAAGAAAUUGC